UAACCCUUUUUCCGCACUCCUCACUCCCCUAGAAACCGGUUUCAAAUCAGCCGGCCAGUCGGCUGUCAGUGCUCCCCUUUCCCGGUUUUUUUUCCUUUUCUGGGCUCCAAAACAGCACCUCUGCGCUGCUAGUUCUAGUUUCUUCGAUUAUCCCGAAACCGCUCAUCUGUUGCUGAUUGCCGUCGCGAUGGGCGCGGAUGAAGAGAGCUCUCCGAUCGUGUCCCUACCGGAGCUAGGAGCACUGCGUGGUUCUACGAGCGCCGGUGCCUGGACAGGACGUAAGAUUUAUCAGUUCUUGGGUGUCCACUACGCCCAGCCCACGGGCGGUGCUAAUCGUUUUAAGCCACCACAAAAGGUGCUUCCCUGGCAGGGCGUUAAGGAUGCCACACGGCACGGAUUGCCAUGUCCGCAGCUGAAACAGAUUAACCUCUUCACCGGUAAAGCAUUUGCUCCCGAUCCGGAAGACUGUUUAACCGUUUCCAUCUACAGCACCGAUCUAGCGGCCCGAAAGCCGGUGAUGGUUUUCGUCCACGGAGGUGGCUUCCACGAAGGUUGUGCCAAAAACCAGACGGCAGAGUAUCUGCUCGAGCGGGACGUUGUGCUCGUAACGGUGCAGUACCGUCUCGGGCCGUUAGGGUUCCUCUCGACGGGGUCAGAAAACAUUCCUGGCAACAUGGGGCUGAUGGAUCUACGGCUUGCCCUAGAAUGGGUACAGGAGCACAUCGAACGGUUCGGGGGCGAUCCGGGCAGUGUAACGCUCUUUGGCCAGUCGGCAGGAGCAGCGGCCAUCUCGGCCCUUAUAUACAGUCCACAGGUCCCGGAUGGGCUGUUUCACCGCGUUAUCCUGCAAUCGGCCGGCUCCAGUUCACCCUGGGUUUGGGAUACUCAACCGAACGCGAGUGCGCUCGAGAUAGCGAUCCGUGCAGGCUGUGAACCGAACGCUACGCUCGAGGAAGCCGAACGUUUCCUGGCAACCGUCGACAUCUGGACGCUGCUCAGAAGCUUCAUCGAUUUGAAGGUGGAGAAAACAGUGGCCAAAGGGCUGGAUCACGUUGGCGGGAAUCGGCUCGUGACCGGUGACUUCCAUGGCUUUCUACCCAAAUCACCCUGGGAGUGCAUGCAGGAGGGCAAGUUCCGUAAAUCCUUGGCCAUGAUGGCAGGCGUUACGAAGCACGAAGGAACAUUUCUGUUGACGUCCGUCUAUGAUCAUUUCAAGCGUACCGGCCAACUGGAUGAUCCCAACUUUGUGCGCUACCAUCUGGUCGAUGCAGUGAACAAGUUCCUUGGUGCCCAUGAUGCAACGGGAGCACUCGGUGGGUAUCAGAUGAGAACGUUGUUUAAUGGGCGCGAGCUGUCGAGUGGCAGUUUCGCUGAGCUAGCUGAUGGGCUGACGGAUCUUGCUGGAACGAUUUUGAUCAAGGCACCAUUGCUGCGCGAAGCACAGGCUAACGCAAGGGCCAAUCCCAAUGGCACCUACCUCUACACGUUCGAUUAUGCUGGUGAGAAGUCACGGUUCGGGUACGGGGCCGAUACCUCUCACUACCCAUUCGGUGAUGGUGUGCACCAUUCCGAUGACAAAUUGUACCUGUUUCCGUAUCCGGCGGAGCAACCGGGACAGCUCAAUGAACAGGAUACCGCGAUGGCGAAGCUGAUGGUGGAUCUGUGGACAACAUUUGCGACCAGCGGAGUACCAACGUCCGAUCAGCUGACCGAAAAGUGGAAUCCAAUGAGUGAAUACGCCGGUCCGUACCUACACAUCGAUAGCCGGUUAAGCGUUGGAUGGAACUACUAUGAGGAGUUUACGGUAGCCAGCGAUGAGAAGCAUGGUCGUUCGAAGGAGUCUUCCGUUUGAAACGGUUUCCCAGAACUUAAAGAGAGGAUCCGGAAAGGAUGCAAGUAAUGAUGAGCUUACCCUUGCUGUACAAACAAUAAUGUAAAAGAUAACAUAAACGGUUUCAAAUGGUGAAUUCAAAGCAUUCCAAAGCGGUCAUUUCAUGGAGUGAAAGCGGAACAACAAUGGACUGGAACAAUAUAUGCACCGAGAAGAAGGUACGAAAGCGAGGA